ACAAAAAAAUACAAAUAUUAAUAAAUGUUGUGGUUGAGGUUACUGAAAUCCUGCAGUCUAUAAGAUAUUACCAGAUUAGCGGGGUUUUUACUCAAGGGGGCUUUCGAAAAACACAACUUUUAGACCUAGCGGUAAAGGUACUCUGCUUCCUUCCAGAGCUCCUGAUGAUGGCUAAACAUAGCCGAAAUCUUGAAAGUAAACAGUGUUGACUCAGGAGAAAAUGCGAAAAGCGCGCAACAACCCAGUUGAUCAAUUUUAAUAAAAUAACGCAAAAAAGCUAACAAAAUGUAACUGAAAACUAAUGGAAAGAAAUGUUUUGUUGUUACGCCUAUGCAUGUCGUCGCGACGCGGGUCGAGGGGUUAGCCAAUGGUCACUGUAAACAGUUUGGUAUUAAAGAGCGCCGCGACGGCCGCAUUGUGGUUUAGAUCGGCGUCCAGGGAGAAAAACGUGUAUUUUUUCCGGUAUCCGGUCGAUGUCAAACAGUUCAAAUGCCGCAAGGUGAAAACGAUUUGUCGAUAAAUUGACCGGUGCUUUCGGAUGUGAAUAUUAAAGCAAAGACAUGAUCCUUUUACAACUACAAAAUCUAUAGCAAAAUGGGGGAAAACGUUAGAGUAAUCGUACGAUGUCGGCCAGCCAACAAAAGAGAAACAGACGCCAAUUGCAAGUGCGUAGUCAAAAUACAAAAUCCCAUAGUAGAAAUAUGGGACCCAGGAGAAGGCCCAGCGUUCCCAAAAACAUUCACUUUCGACUCGACUUACGAUCAAAACUCCAAUACUGAAGUGAUUUAUAACGACAUUUGCUACCCACUAGUUGAGAGUGUCUUGGAAGGUUACAAUGCCACAAUUUUCGUCUAUGGACAAACAGGGUGCGGAAAAUCCUUCACAAUGGAAGGAAUUAAGGGCUCGGAUGGCAGCCAAAAAGGAGUGAUUUCCAGGGCUUUCGAACAUGCAUUUGAAGCCAUUGCAGUUACCAGUGGAGUGAAAUAUCUAGCUUUAAUUAGCUAUUUGGAAAUUUACAAUGAACAAAUUAGAGAUUUAUUAGUGCCAAAUGAUAAAAUGGCUAGCAGCAAUGCGCUUAGUCUUAAAGAAACACCUACCGAAGGAGUGACAGUGCCAGGCUUAACUCUUCACCCAGUACACAACGCUCAAGAGGCCGAACACUACUUGAAUAUGGGCUCGAAAAAUCGAAUGAUUGGAGCGACGCUCAUGAACCAAAACAGCUCAAGAAGUCACAGCAUUUUUACCAUUAGCAUAGAACAACUAAGUAACGUGAACAACAAUCAGAGCAUAAGAAAAGGGAAACUAAAUCUGGUCGAUUUGGCUGGAUCAGAACGACAAACGAAAACAGGAGCUACAGGCGACCGACUGAAAGAAGCCACCAAAAUUAAUUUGUCUCUGAGCGCCCUUGGCAAUGUUAUUUCCGCUUUAGUUGAUGGAAAAGCAAAACAUAUUCCUUACAGGGACUCGAAACUAACGCGACUAUUGCAGGAUUCAUUGGGUGGCAACACCAAAACCCUAAUGAUAGCAUGCAUCAGCGCAGCAGAUCGAGACUACAUGGAAACUUUGUCCACUCUUCGUUACGCAAACCGCGCUAAAAACAUCAGCAACAAACCCAAAGUCAACGAGGACCCCAAAGACACAAUUUUGCGCCAGUAUCAAGAAGAAAUCGAAAGGCUAAAGCUGCUGCUAACAACUCAACAAGAGCCGGAUGGUUUGCGAGUUGUGGACUUAACUGACUGCGUAGAACUAGGGGAUGGAAUGGGGAAGAAGCCGUCCUCCCGUGUAAUGGAACUAGACGCCAAACGGGACAAACUGCUAAGUGAAUAUCAGAUGGAGAUGGAAAAAUUACGGAACUUGCACGAAAGCGAAAAACACGAAAAGGAAAGCGUCCUACGACAAAUUCAAACCAUCAAAACCGAGUAUGAGGACAAUAUUAGGCGACUAAAUGACGAAAUAAAGGAUAACAAGAAGAAGGAAGUGAGCUCAAACGAUGAGGUAAUGAAGCGCAUAGAGACACUGAAAAAAGCUCUAAUUGGAGGCGAGAAAGCCAACGACAAAGAACUCUCGGAGCGGCGACUAAAGAAAAAAAUCGCUGCAGAAAAACGAGCCAAUUUGAUUGCCCAUUUGCUGGCCAAAAUCGACAUGGACGAGGACAGGGAACUUCUGCAGAACCAAUACAAGGACAUCAGUCACGAAUUGGAGCUGAAAUCAGACAUUCUGCGAAAAUACAGAUACAAAGUGAAAAUGCUUGAAAAAGAGAUCGAAGACAUCCAGAGCGAGUUCCAAAGAGAGCGAGAUGACUACUUGGAAACCAUACGAAAGCAGGAGAAGAAAACGAAACUCUUGUUGCAAAUCAAUGAAAAGCUCACCGGAACUUUGAAAAAGGACUGCAAUUAUAGCGACUUAGAUUCGAUCAAGGAACAAGCAAUUUGGCUUGAGGAUAGUCAGAGGUAUAAACUACCAGACCUAGUGACUCCUAGAACAAAACUUCCUCCAGCUGGGCGUUUUACGGACAUUCAAACAGCCCCAGCAAGGCUAAACAGCGAAAUCUCGCUCAGCAGGCAAAACUCAGUCGAGCAGAAAACCGGAAAAUCAGAAGCCGACGAUCUGAUUUCUAGUUACUUUCAACCGCCAACGAAGCGCGCCAAUGAACUUCUGAGCCAAUCCAGUGGGAAGAUCGACACUCAGAAAGUAGUAAACGUUUGGAGAGGUCACACUCCUUUUCCAGAUUUCGUCAAGAAAAGCAAAACUAGGUCUACUGAGAAUUUAAAAUUCGACUCCCCAAGCAGGACUUUUGUCGGGUCGAACACAAGGGGAAUGGGAGGAAAUUGGAUGACAUCGGGAGCAGGGUCGCCCUUUAAUUUGGAGAGCUUGAAAAAACCGUUUCGACUGGAGGCAUUGCCCGACAUUGGAAAAACCAACAGCAAACAAACCCUUAACACCUUGGAACUGCUCUAAAUAGUUCAACUAUUUAGACUUACGUCUGAAUCAAAACUAAAUAUAUUUUAUUACGUUCCUCAAUAUGUAUAUGUAAACUGUUAUAAAGAGUAAUUGUUACUUUACUAAGAUGUUUAUAAUAGCGGUGUGUAAAAUGUGUGAUAUUUUGUUACAAAAAGCGAAUUUUAUGAAUAAACCAGAGUUUGAAUUUUCAUAGUAGAGCUUCUACGAGAUAAUCAUCGAAAAAUAAAACUAACCGCAACUUACUAAAACAACUGUAAUAACAAUAAAUAGUCACAACAAACUUAUAUACAUUCAUCUUGCAUGCACGGAAAAACUA